AUGCCACCUCAGCAUGUAGAGAUCGCUGAGACGAUCGCGGCCUUGAAACGAACCUUGCGCCGAGAGAAAGAAGCUCCUACCGACCAGCCCAUCUCCUCUGCCACUAAUCGAGGCAACAAGUUAAAGCGCGGCGCCAGCUAUGUUCAUGCAGGAUCUCUACCAUAUCCACAUGGUCCAGACGGAUAUAAACAGAAAAUCGAACAUGCAGGCUACACCCGUUAUAUCCUCGAACGAAAUCCACGGCGGUACAACGAGUAUGGGGAUGAGUUGGAAGACAGUGAAAGUGACACAGAAGCAGACGCAGAUGCCGAGGAGGAGAACCCUUACAGCGGCGUUCGCAUCGAGGAGCUAUUACGCCCUUUGAGACACCCUUCAGACCUAGCAGUACACCCUACCUUAUCCCUCCCAUUUCUCGAUAGCGCCCUCCCCAACUUGGUGAGAUCAACGGAAGAGACACUGCGGCAGGAGAGGGCCAAUCUGUGGCGCGCCAAAAACCUGAACAGACACUUCAUGGGCGACGAGUCCUGGAUGCCUUUGGGUAGUAUAGAGGUUCCUGAGGACUGGGACAUGUUCGAACCCAAACCAAAAUUGCCCUCGGAGCAGCCAGCAAACAAGAGGAGAAAACGAGAAGUCCUAGAUCACACCUCCCAAAACGGUGUCAAUGGACACUCCUACACCGUCGAAGAGGAGGACGGCAGUAAUAAGGGUUCAGAGAUACAAAAUCCAAAUCAGUCCGGACCGGAAGGGGUCCAGUCCGCCGAGGCAGAUGGACUUGAUCGAGAGCAGAGAAACUUUGUGCAAGAGGAUGCGCAAGGAACAGUGGACAGUCCGCCAGCCACGAACGGAGCACAUGUUGAUGACAACCACGACUCACCGCCUGCCGGCAACGCGGGAGAACCGAAACUCGAGCAUGAGGAAGAACCCAAAGAGGAACCAUUAGAGAAGGCGGAACUUGGUACAGAUGAACAAGGCGAUGCUGAUGAUGAAAGCCUUCCACAACCUAGUCGAAGAAUCACGCGAGCUCUUGCGGCAGAGCACAACACAUCAAGUGCUGCAACUCCUCCGUUGUCACCUAACUCGACCACCUCGUCCAUUGAUUCCUCCCUACUUCACGCCGAUCCCUUUUUCCUGCUUCCUCCCAACCUAGGGACCAAUCGGCGCGCGAUCCAAGAUCUGUCUCGUCUUGCUAUGCCCGUGGAAGAGUUUAUGGAAACACGCCGGUUAUUGAUGCUGUUCAUACAGAAGCAAGAAGAGAGUGUGCGCGCCUACGAAGGGGUCCUGGCCAAAUUGACCAAGGCCAAGAGGAUGCGCGAGAAGCUCUGGGAAUGGUGCAGGACCGAAGGCCAUGUGGGCGAGUUGUCGGACGGCGAGGAUUGGAUCGACGCUGAAGCGUGGGGCCUGACGCCCGAUGAUCUUAAGAAGGGCAAAGAUGAAGAAGACCUGGAAGGCCAUGAAGAUACCGGCAGAAAGGGCAAGAGGCGAAGAAGAGACUAG